CCCCCUCUUGGCACAGCUCGCCCGCCCUCGCUGCAGCCGGGAGGAGGCGGCGGCCCGGGCGCCCCAGGCCCCGCCCGCCCGCGGCCCGUCCCGGGAGGCCGGGAGACCUGCUCGACCCGGCCCUCGGUGGGUGAGUGGGAGCGGCGGGCGGCGGGUGGGGCCUCUGCAGGAGGAGGCGCCGAGGGCGGGGGCGACGCCUGUCAACGCUCCAGGCCCCGCGGGAGGACUCGCGGGCGUCCCCGCUGCUCUGCUCGGCCCGGAGCGUGCCCGCAGCGGCGCCCACCUCUGGGCCCCGAUUGGGGCCGCCCGGGGGCUCUGGUGGCUCGGCACCCCGGGCCAACGGGCAGAGCCUCGGACCGGGCUCUCUCUCUCCCGAGGGCAGCGACGUGGGGCCCCGGCCGGCCGGCUGACCCCCGGCGGCUCCGGCCAUGCCGGGCUGGCCCUGGGGGCUGCUGCUGACCGCGGGCACGCUCUCGGCCGCGUUGAGCCCGGGGCCGCCGGCGCCCGCCGACCCCUGCCAUGACGACGGGGGCGCGCCCCGCGGCUGCGUGCCGGGCCUGGUGAACGCGGCCUUGGGCCGCGAGGUGCUGGCCUCCAGCACGUGCGGGCGGCCGGCCACGCGGGCCUGCGACGCUUCGGACCCGCGGCGGGCACACCCCGCCGCCCUCCUUACCUCUGCAGGCGGCACCGCCAGCCCAGUGUGCUGGCGCUCGGACUCGCUGACGCAGGUGCCCCACAACGUGACCCUCACAGUGCCCCUUGGCAAGGCUUUUGAGCUGGUGUUCGUGAGCCUGCGCUUCUGCUCGGCACCCCCCACCUCCCUGGCCCUGCUCAAGUCGCAGGACCACGGCCGCAGCUGGACCCCACUCGGCUUCUUCUCCUCCCACUGUGGCCUGGACUUCGGCCGCCUGCCUGCCCCUGCCGAUGGCCCAGCUGGCCCAGGGCCCGAAGCCCUGUGCUUCCCUGCGCCCCAGGCCCAGCCCGAUGGUGGUGGCCUGCUGGCCUUCAGCGUGCAGGACGGCAGCCCGCCAGGCCUGGAUCUGGACAGCAGCCCGGUGCUCCAAGACUGGGUGACCGCCACGGACAUUCAAGUAGUGCUCACAAGGCCUGCCGUGCUGGGAGACACCAGGGGCUCCGUGGCCACGGCCCCUUACUCUUACUCAGCCACUGAGCUCCAGGUGGGCGGGCGCUGCAAGUGCAAUGGGCACGCGUCCAGGUGCCUGCUGGACCCCCAGGGCCACCUGACCUGCGACUGCCGGCACGGCACCGAGGGCCCGGACUGCAGCCGCUGCAAGCCCUUCUACUGCGACAGGCCGUGGCAGCGGGCCACCACCCGGGAAGCCCACGCCUGCCUUGCCUGCUCCUGUAAUGGCCAUGCUCGCCGCUGCCGUUUCAACAUGGAGCUGUACCGACUGUCUGGCCGCCGCAGUGGCGGUGUCUGCCUCAACUGCCGGCACAAUACUGCCGGCCGGCACUGCCACUACUGCCGGGAGGGCUUCUACCGAGACCCUGGCCGUGCCCUGAGUGACCGCCGUGCCUGUAGGGCCUGUGACUGUCACCCUGUUGGUGCUGCUGGCAAAACCUGCAACCAGACCACCGGCCAGUGUCCCUGCAAAGAUGGCGUCACUGGCCUCACCUGUAACCGCUGUGCCCCUGGCUUCCAGCAGAGCCGCUCUCCGGUGGCACCCUGCGUUAAGACGCCUGUCCCUGGACCCGCUGAGGAGAGCAGUCCUGUGGAGCCCCAGGACUGCGACUUGCACUGCAAACCCGCCCGUGGCAGCUACCGCAUCAGCCUGAAGAAGUUCUGCAGGAAAGACUACGCGGUGCAGGUGGCGGUGGGCGCGCGCGGCGAGGCGCGUGGCUCCUGGACGCGCUUCCCGGUGGCCGUGCUCGCCGUGUUCCGGAGCGGCGAGGAGCGCGCCCGGCGCGGGAGCAGCGCGCUGUGGGUGCCGGCGCGGGACGCCGCCUGCGGCUGCCCCCGCCUACUGCCGGGCCGCCGCUACCUGCUGCUGGGGGGCGGGCCGGGGGCCGCGGUCGGGGGCCCCGGGGGCCGGGGGCCGGGGCUCAGCGCCGCCCGCGGGAGCCUCGUGUUGCCCUGGCGGGAUGCGUGGACGAGACGCCUUCGGAGGCUGCAGCGGCGCGAGCGGCGGGGGCGCUGUGGGGCUGCCUGAGCCCGCGGGCCGGGCGGGGGCCGGGCGGGCCGCUCCCCACUCAUCAAGGCUAACCUUCGUCCAGUGCAUCCGCCUGACGAGAAGUCUUUGAUAGCGUCGCGCGCGCCGCCCCUCUGGGCCCCCGCCCGCGCCUCCCCCGGUGCCCCGAGCGCCUGUCCAGGAGGGGUGAGCGACGCAGCGACACCCACGCCCCAACACGGAGGGGUGUGGUAGCCCCGAAAAGCGGUUUCGAGCCCUCCUUGGGCAGUUGUCAUCCAAAGGACCCCAUGGCCCCCCACCUUCGAGCUAUCUACCUCCUCCAGGGGAGCACCACGAUGCCCCAGAGUGCUGUGAACCCCCUGCGAACACCUCAGGGGCCUCGGUGACACACACCCCCAGCCCCGCGGGUCGUGGUUCCUCAGCGUUCCCGCGUUCCUGAGGCACUGACACCGCCCCCCCCCAAAGUUAUGCACCCCCUUCUGAUGCCAGGACCCAUAGAGCUCUGAGAGCACCCCAAGGACCGCCGAGACGCCACCUCCUCGGACUCUGAUUUCCCGGAGAGCGCCCCGACGCCCCGAGAGGUGGUGCGGCCGCCAGAGACGCGCUGGGCGACGCUGGUUGCCCGUCCUCGUCAGGACCGGCGGGGGGCGCCAUGACUCCUCCCCCAGCGGCUGAGGCGGCGGCGGCCCCGGGCUCCCGUCAAUCCGCCGGCGGGGCGUCAGCGUCCCUGUCCGCGGUGACUCUGUUCGGCCUUUUCUGGCCCAUUGUGUCCGUGUCUCUUGUCCCCGUCCGGCUGUCUCUCUCGACCCGGGUCUCCCGGCUCCUCCCCUCAGGGCUCACCCGGAGGCUCCCCCCCCCGCC